AUGACAUUCAAUCAAGACGAAGAUGAAUUGUUCACCAGGGCCAUAUCAGGGUACCGUGAAGCUUUUUUGGUUAGAUACUCCCACCUUCCGGAAGCUGAACGGAAUCAACUCUGGAGUCACCGGAUCAGCCCAUUUAUCCCGGCCAUCGAUCGGGACGACGCAACCCCCGGGAAACCGGGCAAACGAACUCGACAGGAUGCUAUCCCGCGGACGCUUCUUUCUUCUGGUUCUGGUCUUCCGCAGGCGAAACGGCGAGCCACCCCAAAUAUAUAUGUAAAAAUUCCUUGGAUUGACGAUUGGCAGACCCCGGAUCUUCCAGUGACCAUGGAGCUGAGGCGCGCGCUUUCUCAAGCAUCCACGACUGUUGGACCGCAAAAGAGAGCGUCGGUCUCAACUUACCGGCAUCAUACGGCGCCCAUGGUCCGCUCCCAGAGCCAACAGAUCCCCAUAUCCCACUGGCAUCCGCCCGCCGGGGCCAUGGGUAAGGGAUCAUCUUUCGGACCCUCCUCAAGGACCCAGCAACCGCAGCUUGAGCAAGUCAUCGACGAGUAUUCACCAUCCGAAUACACGAAGCACCUGCAACUGGACGACGGCGACAACUGCAACCAGUCAUAUCCCUCGGGUUCUGGCUCUGCUCCUGGUUCCGCUCUCUCCCUUGCUCUUGCAGCCCACGGAUCGACUGGAAUGGCCUCUUUGCAACCUCACGACGGACAAAUCUCUCCCAUGGCCGAUACAUCUCCCGCGGCGGCCGUCAGCAUGACCCGCAGCGGUACCACCGACACGAUCAUCAACCACUUCGAUAACUUUGGAUUUGAUCAAACGGCGCCAAACACGGAACUGGAUCUGGCCCCUUAUUCUAUCCCCCCAGAGUGGGUGCCCACAUCCACCUCUGGGCUUCCCUAUCAUUCUUCCCUAUAUCCUCACUUAGAUUCUACCUCUUUCCCAAUCACCUACCCUCCCGCUUUCUCCACCUCUGCCCCAUGCACAACCUCAUUCCCACGCUCGAUUCGUUCAUCCCUCCCCAUAUCCGAAAUCGAACACCCAUCACCAAUGGAUAUCAAACCUACCCUCCCAUCCGAAGAGGACCAGCAAACCUCCCGUGCAGUCCGUCGCACUCAAGAACAACUCGCCCAUGCAGCCCGCCCCAUCGCCCCCAAACGUGAAUCUCAUGACAGCAACACAGCUACGAUUCUGCUGCAUGACACUUCCUCCCCACACAUGAUGCUCCGCAUCUCCUCAACAGACGGCACCACCAAGGAAGUAGCAGCCAUCCCAAAGGCCUCAAUCCACAGACCUCCACGCCAGAAAACAUACUGCCGUGUCUGUAAUGACCAACCAGAGGGCUUCCACGGUGAGCACGAACUCCGCCGCCACAUGGACCGUGUGCACGCCUCCGUUCGCAAAGUCUGGGUCUGCGUCGACAUCUCGCCCGACAAAUCUUUUCUCGCGAACUGCAAAGCGUGCCGGAAUGGGAAAAAAUACGGCGCCAACUACAACGCCGCGGCGCACUUGCGACGCACCCAUUUCAAUCCUUGUCAGCGGGGCCGCGGGGGUCGCGGGAAGGAUAGUGAGAAGAGAGGCGGGAAGGGUGGAGGCAAUCACCCACCUAUGGAUGUGCUUAAACAUUGGAUGAGACAGACUGUUGAGCGGGCCGGUGAGAAUGGAAAUGAGCGAGACAGUGCCGAGCUUGAGGCUGAGUUGGAACUUGAGCUUGAACAGCAACUUGAACAGCAGCAGUGUGGGAGUUUGGGGUCUGAUUCUGUCUUGGAUGAGUAUGAUGGAGAGGAGCAGGAGCGAGAGCAAGAGCAAGAGCAGGAUCAUGGACUUGAUGUUGAUGAGCAUCAUCAUGAUGGGCUGAAUAUUGCUCGCUCGAAUGGGAAUGCGAAUGUAUAUUCACAUGCGCAUCCCCGCUCCAUGCCACCUGCUCAUGUCUCCUCAUACGAUAUGGAGUCUACCCUCAUGCAUGGGUUCGAUUCGUAUUCCAUGUCAGGCUUUGAUCUUGACCCGUCGCUCGAUGUUCCAUUCUACAUGGAAGCCCAGCCUCCUUUUCCGCCGGAAAUGGAGUCGUAUGUGAUGUGA